AUGUGGUCCGUCCCGUUAUGGACCUACCCUCUCAUAGCAGCAUGUUCUUGGCUAGCAAUGCUCAUCAGCAUGCUGGCCUACUGGCUGGAGGCGGGAGAGCCGGUUUAUGAGACGAUGCGGGGAUCGCGGACAUUUCCGUUCAUAUCGGAUAUUGGAUCGCAGGAACCGAAGCCCGUGUUUGUCUUUGGGAGUUUCCUCACGAUGCUGUUUCUGAGUCUCUCGAUCAUUCUCAAGCAAUGGCCGAGGGAGAAAGACCAGAUCGUUCAGAGAUCACGAUACACGGGCCCGUUCUGCACAUAUCUGUCCAUUCUUUCUUCAAUCAUCGGGAGCAUGGCGCUGGUCCUAUCGGCGGUUUUUGAUAACAAUCAUUAUCGAACAUUGCAUGAUAAUACGUCAUUCAUUUUUAUAACCUCCUUCCUUCUUAGCGGAAUCUUCAUUUGCGCAGACUACAUCCAAGUCGGCAUCCACAGCAACUGGGACCACGAAGUCCUAGUCAAAAUCACCACAGUGCGACUCUUCAUCGUCAUCGUCGAACUUUUCCUUUCCCUCGCUUUCAAAUGGGCGUCUCUCAACACCAGCACGAAGCACCCAUCAGCCAUCCUCGAGUGGGUGGUCGCAUUCCUUUUUACCGGCCAUAUCCUCUGCUUCUUCGUCGACCUUCAUCCGCCAUUCCGCACUUACCUUCUGUACGAAUAUACAUCGUUACCCAUGUCCGAGAUCCCAUUCUGAGCGAUUGGUGGGACGUACGAAAAGAUAUAGAUUUACUUACUUACCUUCCUUUCUGAUUUCCUUAUGUGUUGGAGUCGCG